GUCAUAUUUACAGCAUUUAUUGCAUUGAUUUGGUUUGCACAUUUGCAGUUUAUAUAGCAUGUAUUGUAUUGCCUUGUAUUUGUUCUGUUUGUCUUGCAAAAGCCUCCUUUUCUUUAACUUAAAAAUCCUCCUGCCAGGUGUUUGAUCUUACCUGCAAACAUUCCUUGGCUGUUUGUAUUGUUACGCCAGCCCAUGCAGACUCUUGCAAUCGAGGUCAAGGUGCUAAGAAUAGUUAUUGAAUCAACCUGGUGGUAAUAAAUGGGGCUACUUGAGGAUGUCAGCACAGAUAAACUGUCAGUUACUGCUUGGACUUGAAGCAGGUGAACCAGGCAGACAUACAGCAAAAUGGAAGAGGAGAAAAUCGAGCUAAAGGAGGCGGACAAAAGCUCAAAGGAAAACCUCAAAAAAGCAGCAGGCAGAACACCCAACAUGUAUGAGAGAGUGAUUCAGCCGUGCAUUGCAGAACUGGUGGGAACCACGUUUUUCGUCUUCAUUGGCUGUGUGUCAGUGAUCGAGAAUGUGGAAGCAGCAGGACGACUGCAGCCAGCAAUCGUGCAUGGUCUGGCAGUGGCCGUGAUGGUGGCGUGUAUGGCUGAGAUCAGUGGAUCUCAUUUCAAUCCUCCAUUCACCAUUGGCAUUUUCCUGUGUGGAGGAAUACAGCUGCCUAUGGCUAUCUUUUACCUUAUCAGCCAGCUUAUUGGAGGUGUGAUUGGUGCCGCUAUGUCAAAGGUUAUGACAUCAAGUGAUCACUACCUGAACGCCACUGGGGCAGCUUUUACUAUUCUAAAAUCAGACGACCAGCUUGGAGCAGCCAUCUUUGCUGAGAUAGCCAUGACGUGCCUGGUGACUAUGGUGGUGCUGCUGGGGGCGGUCAAUGGCAAGAGCAAGAGCCCCCUGGUGCCUUUCAUGGUGGGCUGCACUGUGAUUAUCAAUAUCUUGGCUGGGGGGGAUGUGUCAGGAACCUGUCUGAACCCAGCAAGAGCUUUAGGACCAGCUGUGAUGGCUGGCUACUGGACGUAUCACUGGGUAUACUGGGUGGGCCCUAUCAGUGGGGGUAUAAUAGCUGCAGCACUUGUAAGGCUUCUGCUGGGGGAUGAGAAGAUCCGAGUAAUAUUGAAAUAACAUCUUCAUGACUGCGAGUUUAUUGCAAAUGUAUGUAAUGUCAUUUCACGUCCUUCAAUUGUUUUACCAGUAGAUGUCAGUAUCACUGUAAGGCACUGUUUUUUCUUUUUUAUUUAAGCCUCAUUGUGACCAUUUACUUAUCUUUCUUUUCCUGAAUGCUUGAAACAACAAACAAAACGUUGGGCAGAUAUUUGACACAUUAGGCGGUAUGCAAAAGUUUAGGCACCCCUGUUAAAAAUGUUGUUUUUGUAAUAAGUUGGGUGAGAUGAAGAUCCUGAUGCUGGGAAACAAAUCAUUUGAAUUGGAGAAGUUAAAGUAACUUUUUGCAGCCCAAAGGACACCUCUCUUAAGCACUUGGGAGGAUUACUCUCAUGCUUUGGGUUUUUAUUAUAGCCCAGGGGAUGGCACAGGGAACAUUUUCAGUGUUAUUUUACUGGAUUUUUGAGUAAUGUUAUGUUUUUAAUUGUCUUCAACAUUUUUGGAAAUCUUGCACUGACUGAACUAUUCACGGUAAUUGAUAUUUUAACCUCGGGUGCCAUUUUUUUUUUACAUGCCACAGUAAAUGUGUAGUCAAUUGGGGGCUAAAAAAUAUUUCUAAAAAAUACAGUUUUUUUUUGUUAAGCAAUACAUUGUUGUAUACAAAUAUGUAAAGAAUUCAAUCUGUAUUUUAAAGUAAAAAAAAAAAGAUUACUUUAUCUUGUUUUGGAGCAAAAAUAAAUUCUAAUUUUGGGAAAGGUCAAAGGAGCAAAAUAUUUAACACAUUAAAAAUCCAAAUAAUAAUACAAUACUUAAUAUAUUUAAUACUUACGUAAUGAAUUGUGUAGUCUGAAUGUAUUAUAAAUUUAUAUAAAAGUUCCCCUUAUUGAAAUAUCAAUCAUAUACAAAAUUUCAUUUUUUCAGUUUUAAAAAGUUUUGUAUUUUUGUAAUAAACGCACAGAAGACAUUAGUAUGUUUGGUAGACUUGAGUAGAGUUGGCUAAUAAAAAUUACACAUUUACUUUUAA